CCUCUCCAAUAUUAUCAGUUUCUUCUUCUCCAGGAAAAAACCUAAUUAAAAAGGUUAACUUUCUUCUUUGUUCAUCCUCAUUAACAUCAUUAUCAUAUAUAUAUGAAGAUGAGACGAAACUGCAACUUGGAACUCCGGCUCCUUCCUUCUGGAUUUUCCGGCGACCGUCGCGACAUGGUGGAAGAAGGGAGCAGUGAAAGCCCAGAAAACCAACAUCAACAGCUCACGAUUUUCUAUAAUGGAAGAGUUUGCGUUUGUGAUGUUACAGAGCUCCAGGCAAGAGCAAUUCUAAUGAUUGCGAACCGAGAAAUGGAUGAAAGAUUAAGAACUCCAACAUCGGGAUCAGAACCGGCUUCGCCAUCGUUACAAUCUCCGAUAAGUAGCCCUAGUACCGGACUUCCCACCGGCAUUAAGAGAUCGCUUCAACGGUUCCUCCAAAAACGAAAGAAUCGAAUCCAAGCUACAUCUCCCUACCAUUAAUAUUGAUUAGUAUCAUCUUUUAUAUCUCCUUGCUAUUAUGUGCAAUGGAAGGAAUUGGUCUAUCAUUUUUGGCUAGCAAUUACAACUAGUAAUGAUUUCAUUGAAUGAGAUUGGCCAUGGAGGCUUUUUUCAUCCUUUUUUUUCCUCUUGUAGAUUUGUGUAUAUUGCUAGUAGCUAGCUUCAAGACCAUGAUGUAUUUUACAUUUG